AUGGGAGUCGAUCAGGAGGCUAUUAGGAAGCGGUUCUCGCAGUUGGAGAUGGAUAUAAACAACAUCAACAAGAUGAUCGACGACAAGCUUCAGAUUAGCACGGAGCGAGAGACGGAGGACGACACGGUGGUGGCAGCGGAAGCUGCGGCUGCGACCGUUGAACAGCCGCAGACGUCAGCUGCGUCUGGAUCUGAAAGCAUAGGGGCUGGCGAAACGGCGCCGGAGCAACAGCCAGCCAAGCUCGAGGAGAGCGCCGCCGACCACGUUAUCGAUCAGACCACAGACACCUCCGAGGAUUUCACGGCAGGCAACGUCACGACUGGGAUCUCGUCGAACUCGUCGCUCUCGUCGCCAGGGAGACCUGAAACGCCGAUCUUCAUACCCAAGAACGGCUCAGAGAGCACUACCACAUUGCGGCGUCCAACCAACCCAUUUCGUGUGAUCUCCGUCGGCACGCCCCACACAGACGCUACCCGCAAGCCAUCUAGCGAAACCACCGCGGCUGAUUCCGACAGUGUCACGAAGCUGCAAAAGCGGCUCGACUACCUAACCAAGAAAUGUGUCAAACUGCAGAAGGAGAUCAAGUACCUGAACGACAUGAACCACAAGAGCACCCUCUCGAUCGAAGACGGGCGUAAGCUGUCCAGCGCGAUCGAGAAGCUACAGGAAUAUCUGGACAGAAAGACCAAGGAAAAAUACGAUCUCGGGGUGCUGGUGAGCAGGCAGCUGCGGAAGGAGAUCGACCGCGGCGAGAACGGCCAGUUUUGGAUAGGAACCAAGUGA